CACUGUUGUGGGCCACAUUACUGCGCAAGUGCUGCAUUGCACGGGGAGUCUGACAGAACAGUGAAUGUUUGUUGGCUAGUGAAGAAUUUGAAAUCCUGUAAAAUAAGUAAUCAAAAUAAGAAAUAAUUUAAGACAUUUCGCCCAUGUUUUAUUUCUGUAAAUUGAGCAGAGACUGAUAAAUCAAUCGCGGAGCUGUGGGGAUAAAGGUGGGAAGAUGUCAUAUAACUCGUCUUCUCACAGCUCUUCGCCUAACACCGAUUGCAAGGUCUAUGUUGGGGACUUCAUCAACGGUGCUGCUAAGGCUGAGCUAGAGCGGGCGUUCAGUUACUAUGGCCCUUUACGCAGCGUUUGGGUGGCCAGGCCCGCAUGUUUCGCCUUUGUGGAGUAUGAGGAUGCCCGUGACGCAGAGGACGCAGUUAAAGGCAUGGAUGGAAAGGUGCUGUGCGGCUCUCGGGUCCAUGUGGAGCUGUCCACUGGCAUGUCACGGAAGACCAAACAUGACCUCCCCAUCCGUCACCACUUUGACUCUCAAGACUGCUGCUACCAUUGUGGGGACAGGGGCCACUAUGCCUACGACUGCUACCGUUUCAGCAGGAGGGGUGGAGGUCGUCGGAGCAGAUCGCGGUCUCGUUCCGGAUCCAGGUCACGUGGCAGCUGUUAUCGAUCCCGUUCCCGCAGCAAUGACCGCAGCAUGCACCGCUCCCCAUCUUAUCCCAAACAUAGGAAGAGGUCCGGCUCCCCUGUGUGGUCCAAGUCCAGGACAUCUGUUAGGAGUCGUUCUCGGUCAGGGUCCCGGGCCAGAGGGCCCUCGGUGUCCCGCUCUCUCUCCAGAUCCCGCUCUCCCAGCCAUAAGAGGAAUAGGUUAGCUUUCUGCCUCGUCAACCCAUACCUUCACAGCUGCUCCUGUACUGUGUAAAUGCCAUGACUUAAAAUGAUCGUCUUUGCCUUGUAGCCCAUAUUGUACAAUACUGCUAAUUAUACUUAAUUUGGAUGAUUUGGAGUAUUCUUUUGCAAAUGUGCUGGAAGCCCCCCCUCUCCCCUCUUUUAAUCAAAUUUUUCAGAGAUGACACUCUACAUUCACUCAGCUUAAGUUUAGGUAUAUUGCUAUCUGUUAGACAGGGCUAGGUGUGAUCAGGUAAGUCAUGGGUAGCUGCCCCCUCAGACCAGCCUCCACCCGAAGUCUGCGGAGUCGACCUUCCAGAACGCACAGAGCGACAACUCAUCAGAGAGAUGGCUGCUGCUGGAGAUGGGGAGGGGAAAGAAAUAGUCAGGGACUCUAACACACCCCAAACUAGAGUGAGGAACACCGCCCCCAAACCCCCCUCCCCCUUUAUCUUUUCCAAAUACCUGAUUUUAAUGUUCUUUUCUCUUGGAGGUCCCUCUCCUAGAAUGACCAGGCCAGACCUUGAUUAGCUUCAGAGAGUUGCACACUAUACUCUGAGAAACAGAGGCUGUUGGGUGACGGCUGGGGGAGUGGGGCUCUUCUCUUUUCUCUUCUCCCUCAGAUCCAGCCUCAAUUUGAUUAGCUUCAGAGGGCGAGAGAACCUCAAAAACCCAAAAUAGAAAUCUGUCGUGAUCAGACUCCAGUGACCAAUCGCAUCAGGCCUUUUUUUAAAGAGUGUGGGGAGUCGACUGACUGCAGAAGCACUGACCAGGGUCAUCCUUGCUGUGUUAACGUCCUCCCUGAGGGUGAAAAGGGCUGACCAGAAAUCAGCUUGCGCCGCGCUGGUUAAAGAGGUCGCCUGAUGAACGUUCUGACGAGACACAUCAUCCUACGUGCUUACACACAGUUGUUCCACCCACCACACUCCCUCCCAGAACCCAUGCACCGCAGACUUGAACGCUGAGCCAAGUUCAGUCGACAAGUUAAGGCCCCUUCCCUACCGAGCCCGGCCUCUUGCUUAGCUUCUGAGAGGGUGAGAAAGGAGAGCUGACAAGAGAUCAGACUUCAAGACCCUCCGAGUGUGUCUUCGAGUUCUAGAAUCCGUCGCUACUCUGUACAUGUUGUUUCUGCCACUGUCUCCAAAGGUAAUGAAAACUCGAGUCAAUGUCAUUCAUGAUCAGAACGCAGACGUAUAGUCUGAUACUCCCUAACAUACUGUACACUAACAUUCAACUAUACAGAGCAUGCACUGUCCAAAUCCACAGGUGUGUGUGUCUGUCUGUGGGUGGGUAUAUGAGUGUUGAAUAUUAUCUUUGGAGACAUAUUAUCCUGGGUGUAGUGAUAAGUGUAGGAUUUAUUUUAGGGGGAAUGUAGAUACCUUGAUGGCGCUUGUCCUGAAGUGUCUGCACAUAGGUGAUAGUUUACCAUAUCGAGGUAGGAUUCUAAAGACGUGUGCUUGCAAAAAGCAAGUUUAUUUUAUUUGGUCAGUGUUUGUUUUGUGUGCAAUUCUUAAUUCAGAUCCUACCAUUGUCUUUUGUUUCAUUGUGUGAAAAUGCAAGGGAUGGUUUUAUCACCUCAAACCCCCUUUAAAACAUCCCAGUCUCAACACCCAUCUCCUUCAUUUCCUUGACCUCUGGUACUUUCACUUGUUGAUUUAAUUAUGCAAAAUUAGGGUACCCCUCCCUACAUGUUAUAAUUAUUGGAUGUUGGCGGUAUCCAGUGUAGCUGUAAUGUGUUGUAUUUAUAACGUGUCCUGACCAAGGCGAACUGGUUGUAGUGGGACACAGUGCAUUAUGGGCAGUAGUGGAUAAAGUACCCAAUUGUCAUACUUGAGUAAAAGUAAAGAGACCUUCAUAGAAAAUGACUCGGCUAGCCAGGGGCAAGCUCCAACACUGACAUAAUUUACCAACGAAGCAUGUGUUUAGUGAGUCUGCCAGAUCAGAGGCAGAAGGGAUGACCAGGGUUGUUCUCUUGAUAAGUGUGUGAAUUCAAACAUUCUUCUGUCCUCCUAAGCAUUCAGAGUACUCUUUGGCGUCAGGUAAAAUGUAGUAAAAAAGUACAUAAUUUUAUUUGGGAGUGAAGUAAAAGUUGUCAAAAAUAUAAAUAGUGAAGUACAGAUACUUGAAAAUACAACUUAAGUACUUUACACCACUGAUUAUGGGCCAGCAGGGUUGGAGCUGUGAUUGGUUCUGAGAUGGGUGCUGGGCUAGUUGAGUGGACAAGAUGGGUGCCGGCCAGGCUGCCUGUUGAUUGGACAUGCUCUGUCUGCCCUGUUCUUACACCAUUCUCUGUCUGUUUCAGUCGUUCCAGAUCUCCAAGCCAGAAAAAGAGCCCCACCUCAGGGGAAGAUUGAUUUGAAGACUAAACUCGUCCCCAUCCCCCUCCAACCAACUGGUUUUAGCCUUGCAGCUAUUUGUUUUGUCUUUGUUCCCUGCAUUGAUUAGAAUCUACCCCUACUUUUCUGAUGCUGUAUAAUUACACUCUACAGGAUUAGUUUCAUAUCUAACCAUGCAUCCCUUACAUGGUCACAUUCCUAAAAUGGCUCUUGUGUGUGUCAAAACAGUUCAAAUAGCUAAUUUCAGAAGUGGGAUUUGUGAGCCAGAACUUCGUAUUUGUUAUUAUUUCUUAUCUACUAUAUUCAGCGUGGCAUUGCGUUAAAGAGCUGUAAGAUACUUUAAAUGUUGCUUUCCCUUUUUUAUGACACUGGCAGAUUUUGGAAUAAAUCGACACAUUAAUUCAGUAUUAUUCUUUUGAACAUUGGGAACAUCUACAGAAUGUGUCUUACAUGAAGAUGUUUUAUAGUGAAAAAGGAAAUGACAUGGUAUGUUUGCCAUGAGAAAUGGUUUGCAGUCAAUAAGUUUUCAUUUUCAAAUUUAUACCCCACCUAAUGCGUCGUACAUAAAAACAGCCAUUAGCUGUGGUAUAUUUGUAAUCUUGGCUCUUUUCAACUUUGCUGAUUAAAGUCCAUUCUCAAAAAGCUGUAACCACCUAGAUCACUCGCCUGAAUUGAAAAUGUAUUUAUUGUAGAAAUAAAGAUUAUCUUAACCUUAUUUUUUUUUACAGAUAACAGAUCAAUACAGUAGUAGUGGUUUGAGCUCUGGCUAUAAGAUAAAUUGGUGAUGGCGUUAUUGACGUGCCUUUUAGGCCAAUUGGAAACCGCAGCGGACUCUUCAAGGCGGGCCCAUGUGUGUCUUUUUCAAUACUUUCCCGUCCAUUUCAUACGGUCGCUGCUACCAACCUUAUUAACUGGGACAACAUGGCUAUGGCAGGCCGUUAUUACGAAGGCGGCAGGGCAACGAAAAGACUAAAAACCAACGACGGAAUGACAACGGAGGGCUAUGAUGACCCACAUAAGACACUUCCCUCUCCAGUUGUGCAUGUGCGGGGCUUGGUGGACGGCAUUACGGAGGCUGACCUUGUGGAGGCUCUGCAGGAGUUUGGAGCUAUUAGCUAUGUGGUGGUUAUGCCCAAGAAGCGUCAAGCCCUGGUUGAGUACGAGGAUCUGAAUGGGUCGUGUACUGCUGUGACGUAUGCCAAUGACAACCAGAUCUACAUUUCCGGGCACCCAGCCUUUGUCAACUACUCCACCAGCCAGAAGAUCUCCCGGCCAGGCGACCCGGACGAUUCUAGAAGUGUCAACAAUGUGCUACUUCUCACCAUCAUGAACCCAAUCUACCCCGUUACCACGGAUGUGCUCUACACGGUCUGCAAUAACUGCGGCCCUGUCCAGAGGAUUGUCAUCUUCCGGAAGAAUGGUGUUCAAGCCAUGGUGGAGUUUGAUUCGGUGCAGAGUGCACAGAGGGCGAAGGCCUCCCUUAACGGGGCAGACAUCUACUCUGGCUGCUGCACCCUGAAGAUUGAAUAUGCCAAGCCAACUCGUCUCAAUGUGUUCAAGAAUGACCAGGACACUUGGGACUACACCAACCCCAACCUGGGUGGUCAAGAUGCAGAAGCUGAUGGCAAUGGGAGCAAUGCUGGAGAUGGGAGUGCCAACCCCAACAAGCGUGUGAGAGCGCCGGCUCUGCUGGGAGACCACCCUCCAGAGUACGCUGGUGGUUACCAUGGAUAUGACGAAAGCGGUUAUGGUCCCCCGCCCCCCCCACACUACAGCGAGGGCCGUCGCAUGGGUCCUCCCAUGAGGGGACGAGGGGGGGCACACAGCUACGGUGGGGGACCUGGCUACGGCCCUCCCCCUCCACCCCCCGGCGAGUACAGUGCCCACGCAGACUCCCCUGUAGUCAUGGUCUACGGUCUGGAGCCUGCCAAGAUGAAUGCAGAUAAGGUGUUCAACGUUUUCUGUCUCUACGGCAAUGUGGAGCGGGUGAAGUUUAUGAAGAGUAAGCCAGGAGCAGCCAUGGUGGAGAUGGGAGACUGUUACGCUGUGGAUCGGGCCAUCACUCACCUCAACAACAACUUCCUGUUUGGACAGAAGCUCAACGUCUGUGUGUCUAAGCAGCAGGCCAUCAUGCCCGGCCAGUCUUACGAGCUGGAGGACGGCAGCACCAGCUUUAAGGACUUCCACGGCUCCCGCAACAACCGCUUCACCUCCCCAGAACAGGCUGCCAAGAACCGCAUUCAGCACCCCAGCAGCGUCCUGCACUUCUUCAACGCCCAGCCAGACUCGUCCGUAGAGAUUUUCACUCAGAUCUGUGAAGAGGUUUGUGUCAAAGCCCCUGCAAACAUCAAACUUUUCACGGGAAAGAGUGCAGGUCCAGGUGAACGCAGCUCUUCAGGGCUGUUGGAGUGGGAGUCGAUCAACGACGCCAUGGAGGCCUUGUCCAUGAUAAACCACUACCAGAUGAAGAACGCAACUGGCCCGUACCCAUACACCCUCAAGCUGUGCUUUUCUACCGCUCAGCAUGCAACCUAAACAGCCACCACAAUCAUGGACAAUGUUCCACAUCAAACCAUCAUCCCUACAGUCUUCACCCCUAUUUUGACCAUGUCUGUUUUAGGCAGUUAAUGAGUUUGUCCGCAGUCAUAUUGGUUUGUCCUUAUUUGAUAUUGAGCUCAUAAAAGCGAGUUGUGUGAACUGGUAAAGUAGAUUGUUUUUAUUCCUGAUGGAUGAAAUAAGGAAAGGCUUUUGUAUAAGUAUUGUUUUGCAUAUUUUAUUACUCCGUGUGUUUUUGUUUUAUCUCUUCCUGCUCAGUACCAUGCCUCUACAAGUCUGUAUUUGGAGGAAGGAGUGUUUUAUUUGGUUGGAAAUUAUCAAUUUCAAGAAAUUUAUCUUGAGAGCCCUCAAUAAAGGAACUUUAUUCCAGUUUGCCAGUUAA